GGAGUCCCGCGUCUGUGCAGGUGAAUGACAAGACUCUCGUGUUGCAGGAGAGGACCCUGAGGCCCAGAGAAGCGAUACCUCCCUGCCCCCACCUGGUCGCAGCAAGAGGAGCCCCUAGAAGCAAGCCCAGUGCUGGACCGAGACUCAGAGACCACCGAGGACACAGCAAGAAGACAGCUGUCCACAAGCCAGGAGGACGGUCUUCCACCGGCAAGCAAAUUGCUGGCACCCUGAUCUUGGACUUCCCAGGCUCCCGACCUGUGAGAUGUCCGUGUUUGUUGCUUGGGCCACCCGGUCUGCGGUGUUUUGUUAACAGCAGCGGGAAGAGCCUUCCUGUUCCUGCUCAACUAACCACAGUCGCUGAGAAUUUCACACCCAAGUUUGGUGCAUUUCUGGGCUACAGUCAUUCACGGGGUGUGCCGCCCAUGCCAGGCUCUGUUUGGGGUGCUGAGCUUCCAGAAGUUAAAAAGUGCCCACCCAGUACCCGCCCAGGAGGAGUCACCUCCUGUUGAGACAGCAGGCCGGUGGAUAAGGAGGGUGCCAGCUGGUGCCCUGGAUAAGACUCCGUGGUUCCGUGAGGGCCCUGCCCUGGGCGCUGUCAGACAAGACGCGUCCCAGGAAGAGUCCUCUCUCCCAAAUUGUCAUGGCUUGAGCCUCCCGCGACCCGAGACAUCAGCCCACCAUUGUGGACCCAUCCCAUGGCACUAGCCUAAUGGCCCGACUUGAGCUAGCCACAGAUGAGAUCUGGCCUAACUUUUCUGCCCAGUAAGGACCAAUUAUCUAUUCAGCCACCUGAGAAAUAUUUACUGCACCUGGGCUCUAUUCCAAGCCUGGGACUAAACAAAACUCAUGUGGGUUCUGUCCCCGUCCCAGACCUUACAUAGGGGAGCUAGAUGUUAAAUCAGUAAUGCCAGUGGUAUAAGAUCCUGCUGUGCCCACAGCAGGGAGAGUUACCCAGGAUGGGAAAGCCAGGAAAGGCUUCUCUGGAAAGUGCUAGUUGACCUGAGAUCUUCUGAAAGAUCAGUAAUUAAGCAGAUAAAGGAAAGGGCUCUCCUGAGAGAGGUUAGAGUAAAUGCAAAGGUCCUGAGGCAGGAGAGUGGUGGGGCUAGGACUGGAGGAGAGGGAGUGUGAGGUACUGAGGUACAGUGGCCAGAGCCAGAGUGGGUCUUAAAGGUGCUGACAGCCAAGGAAGGGAAGGUCUAAGCAGGGAUGAAGUGGAGAGUCCCCUACCUGCCCCUUACCCUCCGACCUCUGGUCCCUUCCCGCCAUGACUGGGGCCUCUUCCAUCUCACCGGGAAGAGCAGCCUCUUCCCAUGACUUGUGUCCCGCCCCCGCCAACCAGUAUCAGUGCCCAUCCUUGUUUUCUGUGUAGCAGCCAGAGUGAGCUUUCAAAAGCAUAAAUCCAACCAUUGCUAAAGAAAAAAAUGCUUACGACACUUGUUAAGACAAUAAGACUUUAUUCAGGACUGUCUUGAAGGUGCAGGGGCCACUGCUAUGGGGCUUUGCUCUGUGGGAGGGAGAGGGAGCUCAGCUCCAAAUAUGGCAAGGAAAAGUGGAGAUUUACGGCCAAAGAGCACGGUCAGCGAGUGGGAAAUUGCUAGAAGGAAGUUUCGGAGGGAAGGGGGGAUUCUGGCUGAGCUGACCUAGCAGGAUUCUUGCGGAAGACAGGCCAAGGCAAUCAGGCAUCCCCUGGGAGGUGGCAGGAGAUGAAGAAUUUGGACAGAUCCUGAGGGUAGGGAAUUCUGGCUAAACCAGCUUGACAGGAUUCUUGCCAAAACUGGACUCUACAAGGACAGGGUCAGAAGCUCAAGUUCAGGCCUAGUAGAGCCGAGGGCUCAGGGCGACUGAAGUAAAGUCUGGCCAAGGAGAGAAUUUUUGUCACCAUGUCCCUCCCCUUCUCAAAACCCUCCAUGACUCCCUAUUCCUCUUUAAAUGAAAGCCAGACUCACCUGCUGCAGCAUUUCAGACGGACUUGACAUAAGAAAAUUCCAGUAAGGAGCCCGAGCAAGCUGGAGGGGUAGAUCCGUGAGGUGGAAGAAGACAGGGGGGCCGUCCCUGGGGUUGAUACUGCAGGUCUGGUGUCCUCAAGGGCUGGGUGUCUCUUCAGCAGGUCCCCUCUCUGGGCACCUCCAUUUCUCAUCUGUAAAAUGGGGACAACUGCACCUCUCGAUGAAAGUCGUGUUGCAGAAGGGAGAGAACCCAUGGAUGCUUAGGACACAGCUGGAUACACUGGCACUGUGGUAGGUACUGACGAGACAGAUGUGAACAAAAUCAAGGAGGUCCCUGCUCUCACAGAGCUGACGUAGGAGCACAGAUACCGAUCAAGUAACCAAAUCCGUGAACCUGUUUGUUGCAGACAGAGCUCACCGGAAGAGCAUUUGAAGCAGGAACAGCAAGUGCAAGUGCCCAGGGGCAGGAUGGAAUAGAACAGAACAGAAGCAUGCAGAAGGGAUCAGACAACAAGGACGUCCGUCGAAAUGAGGCCAGACAGUACGUACGCCUGCGGAAGGCUGCUUUCACAGACGCGUUUGCAGUUCGUUUAUGUGGUGGCGCGAAGGAUGCCUCCCCCUGGCCUGGCAGGAGGUGCCAGGGGGGCCCACACUCUUGGUCCGAGGACAACCAGGCAUCAUGGGGACUGGAGACAAGCGCUCAGCCGCUCAGAACCUGGAACCCGAUGCUGCCCAGAUACCGUUGCUGGAACCCAGGACGCCUGGAGCACCAAGAUGGAACACUCCCCAAGAGCCGCCGCCUCGGCCGCCGCCGCCUCGGCCACCGCCGCCUCGGCCACCCCCUCCUUCCCCUCCUCCCCCUCCGCCUCCAGGAACUCACGUUCUGCCCCCGAUGUACAUGCAAGGCCCCCAGGGGAUUCAGCCAGCAGUGUUCACCAGCUUGCCUAGGAUGGGGACUGCCACCCCCAUACGGUCCAUAUGUCAGUACUGCGGGAACUACAUCAUCACGGUGACCAGCCCGGUCCCAGGGGUCCUCACCUGGAUGCUGUGUACCGGCCUCUUCAUCUUUGGAUGCUUCCUGGGCUGCUGCUUCCUCCCCUUCUGUGUGGACAGCUUGAUGGACGUGAAGCACACGUGCCCCGUGUGCCGACAGGAGCUCUUCCGCUACCAUCGCCUGUGAACCCGCACAAAAUAAAUGUCCACUGAGUGCC